CAUUCGUUUUGAAGACCGUUUUUACUUAAGCACCGUUUGACGCCGUCAUAGGCGAACGAUGAGAGUUGAAUCUUAUUUGUCCACACGAGCAAAGUAUUAUUAGUAUGAAAGGGAUGUAGGAGGGAGGAAGAAGCGGCACGGAUGUUGUGUGAGCCGUGUCCGAGAGAAUUCGAUUGUAGGAUAAAUCUUUGUAGCAUAAGUUCCGUUACGUUUGGUUGUACAGAAACUAGCGCUAGUGAGACGAGCCCCUCGUUCGGUAUACUAACGUCGAUGGACCACCGACGAAUCGUUGGACCACUGCUGUGUGCGGGCUGAUGAAGAACGAAAGACAAAAUCGAGAACAACGCGUUGCAAAGCAGAUGAGCGGAACAUGUGUCACUGUGAUGCACUACCGUGUAAUCUCCCGUCAGAGUACUUAAAAUAGCGACAAAACAGGAGUAGUGAAUGCGCGGUACCAGUGGAUAACACCAAAUAAUGCAGGACAAGUCAUCCGGACGUGGAAGCUUGUGAAUUAUGUGUUCGACCACUGGCAUAACAUGGAACAGGAAGCAUUAGAAUUGCACUGAAAUGAGACAAAAAGUAGCAGAGGAAGAGAGAAAACUCUAUUUUUCUAGAUAAGCUUUCCUUUUUGAAGAUUCAUAACUUUUGAUAUUAACACUUACUAUCCGCCGAUCCGGCCGCUUUUCUCGUUUGGAGAAGAUUGUCACGACAAAGAUGUGGUAAAAGGAUACAUUCUGUCGGGGAUGGCGCAUCCGUACGAUGUGAGUUUAUUUGUACGUUAGUUUUUUUUGUGUAUGUGCCGUGCACAACGAUUUAUCUACUUAUUGCAAUACACACAUGCGUAUACUACCCGACGCGUUGGUGGGCUCGGCAUGAGCAUCAGCGCUAAUCAGUUAGAAAACCCUGUUCCUUUUCACCAUUUUCCUUGUCACCAUUUUGUUGAUGGCGACAUGUAACUGGGGACGGUGAAAUGCAAAACAAAAAAACAAAAUCUGAUAGGAGAUAGCUUAUUUUUUAUAGUUUAGAGUGAACGCUAUCGCUAAAAGCUAAGCACACGUACGCUGCUGCUGCUUCCGAAGGGCAGAAGAGAGGUAUGCUAGAACUGUUACAAAUAACUUCCACCGAUUUAUGCUGCUUAUUUAAAACAUUUAACGGAUCGGCAAAACGUUUCACCUGGAGGUGGUUGCGUUAAUUUUUGUAAAAUGACCACAUCAGCAGCGAACCGCAAUCAGAAUCUCGUGUCAAACUAAUGCAGCGAUUGUUUUGCUUCAUCGAUUUGCAUAUACGAUUGUUUUUUAAACAACGAUCAAAGCGGAUACUUUUGCCACUUUUUUAUUUAUCUCCUUCUUGUCUUUGUCAUCUGAACUUUCGAACAACCACGGGUGAGCUCUAAAACAAACGAACCGAUUCUAUGGUAAUCAAAGCUACGCCGGCACUCGCGAUUUUGAAUUACAGAUUGCAUGGUUGAACUGUUGAGGCCAAACAUGCAAGCUAGAAUAAUAUAAAUAGUUGUAAAGGAACAAUCGUUACGUCAUCCUUGUUUAAGGUGAGUUGCUUGCGUCCUCGUUGAAGUCCAUUUUUCGGUCUUUCUUUUUCAAAGGAUAUCCCGCCAAUGAAAGAGCGCCAGGGUACCGAACAGUUUUAUUUACGUAGGAAUAGGUAAAUGGUUGUAGUUUGAAUAGAGGAAGGCUGAGGUCUCAAUAUUGUCUCAAAUAUUGUUAAUAGGCCCAACAGACCCGCAUGGUGGUCGUCCAAGCGUUAAGACGAAUUAAUGUUUAGAAGUAGCAAAUUCGAUAGAGCCACAAUGAGAUGAAAACGAUCGGCCCGAGAUCGUGUGAUUGCAAACCGUUCGAAAACUUUAUGAAUUGACAAUUGUGUAAUGCGUAAUGGAGAAGCAGAAGGAGCAGCAGCAGCAGCAGCAGCGGAGUAAAUGCACUAUCCAACAAACAAGCUGGUCUUGUUCUGUUGUUGUCCCUAUAUUAGGCUUAAGGUUAGUCGAUAGUUAAAAAUUGCGUCAAGGAAAACAGAUGUGACUUGAAAACAAGCAUGGCAAGCCACGUCUCUCAUUGAUGACCGGGGAUUCACAGAGCAGAGGAGUGUGGAAAUUUCGGGAACGAACAGUCACUACCGCGAGCGAUCAAUUUUCGCCUAUGGGAUUGAUAAUGAUUUUACCGUUUUGUUUGGUUCGAUCGUUCGAUUGAUCAACAUCGAUUGCUCGCUGAUUACCCCUGGGUGUUUUCCUUUUCUCACUUCAAGAGCUACACUGCUACAGUCACUAAUUUGCAGCGUUCCUUCACCGGUUUUCGGUAUUACCCGAGAGGGGAAGGGCUCUGAUGAUAGAAAUGGAAUAAUAAUGUAGAUGCUAUGCUAUUACGAUAGAACACAAAUAGAAGCGUAAGAUCCACUCGAAAAUAGCUGAGCAACAUGACACGCUCUUGCACAAGCAAUCGAAAACUAUAACUACAAUACUACACACCUGUACCACAUCACACAAAUGCAGUAUCCUACUCGCUCCAUACGCUAUCCGGGAAAUAGUGAACGUAGAACCCGUUUCUAAAACAUUCUACCUAACCAUCAUCGACUCAGCGCAACUGGUGAGAGGAGAAUAAGUACCAAUUUUAAGUCCACGCAACCUUAGUUUUGUUGGUAAAACCAACAACCACCAUCACCAGUCCAGUGUCCCUGUGGUAAAGGGGAGACUGGCAGAUAAGAGCAAAUAACCGUCAUAAGGACCUGUCUGUCUAGUUCAUACACUCACUGACGAUGAAGAUGAUCAUGUGACGAUCACGUCUCGUCGCACAGGGCGCUUUUGUCACCCAGUCACCAAAAUUCACAUGACAUGAAAGCGGAAAA